CAUUUUAUUCAGAGUGCUGGUUCGGAAUAGACAUAACCAACUCACUUUUGUUUUUUUUUUUUAUAUAUUAUUUAAAAUUCUCAAUGUCUCACUAAAAAACCGGCAAGAUUGUUGAACGAAAACCAAAAAUAGAUCUCGAUCCAAAAUUGCACCGUGCCUUUUAUAAGUUCCGCGCGUCCAGAGAAUCUCCUGCUAAAUCGCGAUGGCCAAGGACCAAGAAGGACAAUCCUCCGACGACCAGAAACGAGAGCAGCGAGCCAGGCUAAUCAAGGCCUUGAGUCGCUUCAAGCCACGGGAUGCCAAUCCACUGCAGUUCUACAACUGCGUCCGCGAACUCUGCAUAAUGCACAACUGCAGCAUCGACGAGGGCUUAGAACGAGCCGCACUAACUUGGCCAGGACUCAGCAUGCGCCAGCGGGAGCUGUACGACUCGCAACGUCAUGCGGAGCUGCCGAUCCCCGUGCCACGGCACCUGAUCUACCGCGCCUUCCAGAAGGAGAGCAAGGGGCUGUGGUCCUUGGGCCGCUCCUCGGCGGGUGGCAAGCGAUCCACCCGCUACACCUUGGAGUCCUACAAGCCGCCCCCGAAAGCGUCGCGCCUCAAGACUCAGCUGGAGGAGAAGCGGCCCAAGUACGAUAACCUCCUCGACUUGCCACCCAAAGUGGCAGCAAUGCUGCCGCCAGCGCCCAAUCGCAAGUUCUCGAGAGUGUCGCCUUCUUCCGGUCGCAGGAUCCGGAGUCUAACGCCUCCGGCAGUAAGGCAUGUGAGUUCCAUUCGACAGAUCCUCUCGAUGGCCAGUGUGGAGAUGAAGAAGCCUGUGCGACGGCGGCCGGGAAAAAUCCCUCGAGCCAAAAAAGUUGGCGGCCUUGAGCCGGCUAAAAUUGUGCCGGAGAAACUGUCGCCUAAAGCUUCGAAGUUGCAGAGGAAGAAGAUAACCAAACGGAAGGGUGGCGGCUCCAAGGCCAAAAGGUUGGCCAAGGAGGCGGAUUCGAAGGCCUCGCACAACUGGAGUUUGGCAAUCGGAGGUGUCCGCCGGCGACUCAUGAUGCACCAGCCCUCGAAGACCAGAUCGUAAUUCUAUAUCCCAGCUCCACAAAUUGCUGUUAUUACUUGUAUACUUGUAUACUUGUGAAUUUGUUUUGAUUGUAAAGGGAAUGCUCUUGUCCUCAGUUGAAACCCAAACACAGAUUUUUUGUUGCUCUAUAUUCUCAAAAAGUGAAAAAUUGUUGAAAAAAAAUGUAUAGAGUUGAAACCUACUGAACUAUUGAAUAAAAAGAAUACAAUAAAUCAAA